GGUGGUUGCCAUGUGCCUGGGUCUGGCGCCUCAAGCUUCCCCCAAGGUACGCAUGGCUCGAGCCAUUCGUGCUGCUUUUCCCAGCGGCAUGCCCGACCAUUUUCAUGGCCCUAUUAGCCGCGAAGAAGUGGUGCACCGCAUCGCCAAUACCAGCGACAAUCCCGAGGUUGGCACUUUUUUGUUGCGAGUCAAGGAACCGCAGACCCAGGGCCAGGAGGUCGUCUUUUGCAUCUCCUCGGUCGUCGAGAGCAGCUCUUCUGGCAAGCCUCUAGGCCAGCGCAUCCUCCACUUUCUCACCUUCUUUGAUUCCAGAGGCAGAUUCCGGGUUGUUGGCCGCGCCAAGGGCCAAAACACAGAUCAGGUGUUUUUGUUCAAUGACAUGGAGGAGGUCCUCGAUCGCUGCGACUCGAGCAGUAACGGCACCUUCUUCAACACACCCCUAACACACCCCGUCGUCUGUGACUACCGGGAGCUUGCUUCCUUCCGCGAUGAACUCAACUUGCUCUUGGCCCCUCUUACCGUGGUCAUCACUUCGGGCAGCACGCAUCAUGGCGCAAGGAAUACGGGCACGGGCUCGAUGACAGAGCAACCCCCAGCCCUGUUUGAUCGUCCAUCAAAGGAAAAUUGGCACGUUAUGCAAGGCGGGCGGGACCUGCCCGCUCGCUCACGCUCAGGAACCCAAGUUCUCCCGCGGUCGGACACACAAACCCGGCCGCGCUCAGAAACCCAAAUUCGGCCGCGCUCUGAAACCCAGUUUCGCCCCCGCACGGAAACCCAAUUUCGCCCAUCAUCCAUGACACUGAACCCGUCUUUGCUUCAGGACGACGACACAUACCUUCUACCUGUGGCUGACACUACCAAUCUGCCGUCUUCCUCCCCGCCACUUGGAAACGCACACUUGAACUCUUUGGAUGAAACAGAUGCUGACGUGUAUGGAUUUGAGCUUCCGAGCCUUCCGCCCGGAACAGCUGCUCAUAGUACAUAUGCGCAGGUGGACACGCACCCACCACCGGUGCAGACAAUUGUUAUGAAUAGCCCUCAAAGCACGGCCUACGUCAAUGCAGUGAGGUCGCCCGCCUAUGUUAAUCUCGCUGAUCAGGGCGUCAACGAAGCCGUUCAACUGCCGCAUGGUCCAGCCGUCGCAGACUACGCAGCUCUGCAAAACCACCUCAUCUAUGAAAAAAGCGCUGAUGAGGAUCACCGCUCCUGCGCCUUUGAUCAUCUGUGCUAUGAUCGCAACGUGGACCAAUUUGUAUUUCUUCGGGGCCCAGAUUCGCUGGCCAUUGGGCUAUCUCCGCGCGGGCCCGAACCUCUCAUCUCCCUCUCCUCGGUUGAGCGACACAACGUGCAACACUGGGACUUUGUGGAUGUGGAUGUGGAUUACUUGAGCACCGUGUCCAACGAUGAUAUCGAGCUUGUCACGGUGCCGGCCCUGCUCUAUCGGCGUUUCAAGCCCGACAAUAUUAUGCACGCCCUUCACGACGACAUGUUGCCCCUCUUUGCCACGCUCCUCGAGACAUGGGGUGUGGGUCGCCAGGACGUGCAGCUGGUCGCAUUGGAUCCGUUCCCUUCGGUGCUUGGCACGUCACCUCUGCUGGAUCAUCUGACCACAAGACCGGCCCUCCAUCUUCGCGACCUGUCCCCGCAAACCCGCUUUGUCUGUUUUCAACGUGCGCACAUGGGUCUGAGCAAGCGCACGACUUGGUACGACUACGGAUUCUUCCAGCCUCAAGGCCCCUUACCCGAUCAGACUAACAGGCCCAAACUCCAGAACAAAGUUCCCGACUCGGGAAUCAUUCAAGCCUUUGUACGCCUGAUCCGACACAGGCUUGGACUGUCGGAUCCAGGACCUGUGUUACCUUCCGCCCGAGUCAAAACCGUGGCCAUAUUUUCACGCACACGCAACCGUUUCAUACUCAAUGAGAAAGAGCUCAUGCAGUCGUUGCGAACGCGCUUGCACGCCAACGUGCGCCUUGUUCGAAUGGAAACGAUGAACUUUACCGAGCAGGUUGAAGCCUUGUCCUCGUGUCAUGCCGCCAUUGGAAUGCAUGGCUCUAUAUUGAUUAUGAGCCUUUUUCUACCGCCGCGCGGCAAGUUCGCCGAGCAUUUGGGGCAGCAGACGGUGCUCAUCGAGCUGUUUCCUUUUGGCGUGGAUCCCUCCCAUUACACGCCCUAUCAAGUCUUGGCAACGCAGCUUGGUCUGGGUCUAACCUAUCGUGCCUGGAAUAAUACGCAAGAGGCAUGGACACUCACCUACCCAGACCGUUCGCCCUCCAUGGGUGGGCUUCGACACUUGUCGCCCCAUCGUCAGAAAGAGAUUAUGGGAACGCCAUACGUUCCGCCACACACAUGCUGCUCGGAUCCGUAUUGGCUUUAUCGCAUCUAUUCUGAUACACAUGUGGAUGUGCCGUGGGUCAUUGACACGCUGCAAGACAUUUGGGACUCUAAGCUGCCGGAACAAUCGUCAAAUGCCAUGCUGCCGCUGGGUCCAGUUCUCCCACCCGUGGUGCCCAGCGCACCGCGCCACAUUGAGUGUGCUCGACUCAAGUCACCGGGCCUGGACACAAGCUUGAAUUUACUGACGGAUGAGACAUUGCCAUUGCAGUCUUGA